GUGCGAAGGGAGCCUGGGGAUUCCCCGUGUUGUUGUCCUGGGGCCCGGAGGGAUGGGAGGCCGGAGCGCGGGGCGGCGCGGCCGGCGCUGAUGGCGGCUCGCUGGGCAGCCCGCGGCUCCGAGCCCGCGGGGGUGGACGAAUUCACCGUCCCUGCGGAGAAGAGCCGCCUCCUGGAGGGGAGCCGGGGCCGCAUCGAGGGCUUGUUCGAGGUGCGGCUGGCCGUGCUGGGGGCGCAGGGGGACUGGCGGCCCGCGAUCCCGCCGCCAGGCCCGCCGCCCGCCGCCGCCAGGAUCUGGGUGCAGCUGGCGGGCGGUGGGAAGGCCGUGCGCAGCGCCAAGGAGUAUAUUAAGGGACUCUGUGAACCUGAACUAGAAGAAAAGGAGUGCUAUCCAAAGGACAUGCACUGCAUCUUUGUUGGUGCACAGAGCCUGUUUCUCAACAGCCUUAUUCAGGACACCUGUGCGGAUAUAACAGUGCUGGAAAUAGGAUUGCUCAGUAUUAAGGGGGGUGCAGAAGCUGUUGUCAUGGCUCAGAGUCAUGUUCAGCAGCUUGUGAAGCUUUUCGAGAAUAAUGAAAGCUUAUUAAGUGACAAUGAAUCGGAGAUUAAAAAGCAAUUCAGACAGUUUGUGGAAGCACAUGCAGAUAAAUAUACAAUGGAUUUACUGAUUUUGCCUAGCUCACUAAAAAGAGAACUCCUAGCUCUCACACAAAUGGAAUGUUGUGAAGUGGAGAGCAAUAUCAUAGAUCUUACAGGUUCUGACAGCUCAACAGAGCUUUUACAGAACAAAGCCUCCAAAGUAAUCGCUACAAACAGAGGUGGAAGAGCAGGUGGUGAGGAAGCAAGAAACAAUGCUGGGACACCUGUAACUGAGCUUACAAAGCAAAUGGACACUGUGUUUUCUGAUGCUCCUGAAACAAGUUUUAUUCCUAUAAAUGUUGUGCCUCUGUUAGAGGCAGUGGUGUCUAAAGAAAGGCAAUCAUGUAAAAGAAGAUCUUCUGAUGAUGAGGAAAGGCUCCCUAAAAAGCAAUUCUCUUUGGAAAAUGAUCAGGAAGUGAAAUCUCCUUCACACAGUAAUCCUUCAGACAGCAAUGUAGUUAUUGAUCUGCUUUUGGAUAGCUGCAGUGAAUCAGAUGAACCCAGUUAUUGCCUUAAAGAAGGUGAAGAUAUCAAUGAGGAAAUGGAAUAUAAGAUCCUUGUUAACUUUUUCAGAACAAUGGGAUAUUCCCAAAAUAUUGUAGAAAAAGUUAUUGGUAUCCUAGGACAAUCUGUGGAACCAUUAACGUUGCUAGAAGAAAUCGAAAAGGAAAAUUUAAAAUUUCAAAAAGAACAGGAACAGUCAUCUCAAAAGCCUAGAACUAUCAAUCCUCCUUUGGGAAAUAAUGCAAAUAAUUCACAAAAGCUAGAAGACAAAGGCAUUUCUAGCAAUAAAAGUCCAUUUAAAUCCAGUCAUACUUCAAAGGAGACAAAAAAUAAGUAUCACAAAAUAAGAGACGCACCAAACAUGCAAGUUGAUGAAGAAGAUAAAAUGCAUAUGUUGGUAUGCAGACCUGCUUCUCGUUCCAGUAAAAAUUCAGCCAUGUGCUAUCAACAAAGAGACAUUUAUUGCCCUGGUAGGAAUCUCAGUUCAAGGUCAAGUGAUAUAGAAACUGAUGGUGGUCUAACUUUCAGCUCUGUACAAGCUGGAGCUCUAAAAGAUGUUGAUUUUGUAGCCAGAGGGAGCUCAGAUAUGCAGCGUAUUUUACCUAAGACUAAAACUGCAGUUCAGCAAAAAUCUGCAGGGCCCUCAACUGUACAGAAUAGUCAUCCUGGUUUUGAGGACCAAUUAGGACACUGCAGCUCUUCUCAAGUAAGAUCUCUCAACCAACACCUUUCCCAAACCUCAAAUUCUGAAAAUCCUAUACCAGACCAGGUAUUGUCUUCACAAAUACAUCCUUCAAAUCCUGUUAGAGAGACAGUGGGACCACACAGAUGUCAUCCUGAUCCUUCAGUUACUGGAGUUCAAAGAUUUUUGGAAUCUCUGAAAAAGCCAUACAGAUUGGAAUUGAAAAAUGAACCAGGGAAACCAUAUUUAAAACAUAUCAUUAUUGAUGGAAGCAAUGUUGCAAUUUCUCAUGGUCUAAGGAAGUUCUUCUCCUGUCGAGGAAUCGCAAUAGCUGUUGACUACUUUUGGAAACGUGGCCACAGAAAUAUUACUGUGUUUGUUCCACAGUGGAGAACAAGACGUGAUCCUUACAUUACAGAGCAGGAUUUCUUAACACAGCUGCAGGAUGUUGGAAUAUUGUCUUUAACCCCUGCAAGGAUGGUUUUAGGAGCAAGAAUUGCUGCUCAUGACGACAGGUUUUUAUUACACCUUGCUGAUAAAACUGGAGGUGUUAUUGUGACUAAUGAUAACUUCAGAGAAUUUGUGACAGAAUCACUUGCCUGGAGAGAAAUUAUUCAAAAAAGGUUGCUCCAGUACACUUUUGCUGGUGACAUAUUUAUGGUUCCUGAUGAUCCUUUGGGAAGAAAUGGACCUAGAUUAGAUGACUUCCUUCGAAGUGAAGGCUGUUCUAGUCUGUUCAGAAACUGCUGGUGACAUUUGCAUCUAAUCAAGAUCUCUCUCAGAACUAAGAUAAGUAAGACAAUAACUUCCUCUGAGAUUUGAUUGUGGUAGCUUUCAUACAAAGGUGGUCCAAACUGUGUUAACAUCACACAAAGCUGUCAGUGGUUUGGGUAUGUGGUAGCCUGGUAUCCUGUUAAUUACAGUGAUGUUCUUUAAAACACCUUGGUUGAUUACAUAUAGUGGGAGUAUAGGUGCUACAAAAGAAACACUCUACACAUAUUCUUUGUCAUGGGAGAGGCAUUUCACUUCACACUUGAUGGUGCUGUACUGUUAAUAAAAUGAUUUUUGAGAGGCAUUGUUAUUAAAUGCAUUUGUAUUUGAUUCAUAAUUUUAAAUAUUAACAUAGAUUGUUCCUUUAAGAUCAUUGUACUUUUUAAAUGUGCAUAUAUGCAAAAUAUGAAUUUGCUUUGCAUUAACUUCCAAGACUUGAGAGUACGUUUGCUCUUUUGCAUAACAAAAUAAGCUGCUCUUUGCUCUUCUUUCACCAGUUUAAGAAUUAUGAAUGCUAAUGGUUAUGAGGGGUAUUGAGAGAGCUUUUAGAAACAAGUGAGGUAAUUAAAAAUCCGCAAUACAAAAGGCAAGCAUGCUUAAGGAUUAAUAUAAAGAAUAAGCAGGAAUUUUGGCUAUUGGAAAAACUUGAGGCAAGUGAGACAUGUAUAUACCAGUAGGUCACAGGCUUAUUUAAAAAUAAGCAUGUAAUGUUGACAUGAAAAAAGCAAGUGCAGUUCUAGAACUCCAGCAGGAAACACUAAGAAAGUAUUCAAGUUCUAAUAUAAAACCCUUACAAGAUGUCAUUUGGAACAGUGUGUUUUUGCUGCCGGUGUCCGAGAAAAAUGAAGUGAAAACAGAUUGUGUUCUGAGAGGUGACUGUGAUGAUUGUAGAAAUGGAAAGAGACUUGAGAAGACUCUAGAAGAGCUUGAUUUCCUCUCUGUAAACUUGGAACUGGAACUAGGGUUUGGUUUCCGGGGGUGUGUGGUGGGGUUUUUUAAGACAGAGAAAAGGUGCCAGUGUAAAGAGUUAAUUUUGUUCCUUCCCUGAGACUUUUCUACUUGAGUUAAAUGAUGCAGGAAGCAUAAAUGGCAUCAAGAAUAAGAUCAGAAAGUAGAAGGAUCUUGAGCAAUUAGAGAGCCUUUCCAUGUUGAGUAAUGGGAGUUGUUGUAACCCAAAUGCUUUUAAAAUAGAGCUCUGUAAUUUAGAUACUGUUUCCCUUGGUGGUAAGAAACUAGACUGUAACAUGAGUUCCAGUUCACAUUUCUGUGUUAUCUGGUGGCAUCUGAAGCAGUCUUGGCCCUAAAUUUUGUAGUGCUAGCAGUUAAGCGUAGCAACAACUUUUCAAAGCCUGAAAUAAAUCUCAAUAAUUAAGGAAGAAUAUUCAGAUCCUGAAAUUACUGAAAAACUUCAUUCCCUCAUUAAGGAUACCACAUGAGAGAAACAAGGCCUUGAUGUAAAUGUGAGCACAGCUCACAGUCAUGAGCAAAAGUAGAUGAGGAAUAGUCUUGUGGAGCAUGUGGAGGCCCCUUUGGUCUGUCAUUAUUUUCACAUGUUCUGGAUUAGUGUACAUGUGUUCAAUGUAUCUUUUUGUCCAUGUAGCUCAAUAAUACUGAUGUUGAUACUGCCAUAAAAUAAGCUUUGAGUCUUGCUGUAUUCUGUCAAGUAAAGUAUUCACAGCGUAUUGGAACUAGUCCUAGAUAAUGUUAGUUAAUGUUAGUCAUGCCAGGUUCAAAUGGAAAACUGUUACACCCACUGUUUUGUUUCACUUUGAAAAUAUGCUUAUCAUUUGAUACCAAUCAGUAGCUAGCUGAGCAGCAGUGUAUAGGAGUUACAUGCAUUUUUCUUUUCUGUGUUUGUACAGAGACAGCUAGCAUCUCCUUUACCCUAAUUUAAUCAAAA